AUGGUGAAGCGGUGCAACUAUUCGUCAGCUGAGGUGGAGCGAAAGCUUGUACGCGAUAGAUUCGUCGCGGGCCUCCGCGACUCGCGCCUUUCGGACCAGCUUUGCCGGAACGCGAAAUUGACGCUCAAAGAAGCAUGGAUGCAGGCCCAUCAAUCAGAAGACGCCGACAAAGAAAAAACGUUGCCUCAAAACUGCGCAGAGCACUCCCGCGAGCUACACCUCGACGCCGUACGAGAUAAGAAGUUCGCCUCUCGCCGCCGCAACUACGAUAAGCGGCCUUCGCCCCCGCGGAAAGCAGAGCGCUCCUGCCAGCCGUCAACAAGUGAAUUCUGCGACCGCGCGCCACAUCCACGUUCUAACUGCCCUGCUCGAAACUCCGUCUGCAACUUCUGCAAAAAGAAAGGACACUUUGCGGAGGUGUGCCGCGCGCGGCAGGCAAAACAGAAGCUCGGCUCCAUUCAGCUACAGGCUGUCGGGACGCCCACCGCGGCAAAGUUCGUCGACAUCACCGUUGACAACUACACAGCGCAGUUCAAGGUUGAUUCCGGAGCCGAGGUGUCCGCCGUUCCGAGCGACUUCCCUGCAUUGCCGGCCAAGCUCGACACCUCAACAGCCGGCUCACUGGACCUGGCGGUCAGCCGCGGCGCGUGCUGGGUUCGUACAUGGCGAGACUUUGGUGGCACGGGAAAAUGA